CAGGUCUGAGCUCGAAGUGCUUUUGUCCGGUUUUCUAUAAAAACCUUCCUUAUCCUCUUCCCGUCGUCUGCCACACCUUUCCCUUACACUUAUUCUGCUUGUGGACUUCAAUCACGACCCAAGAUGAACGCGACGGAUCUUCUCGCCAACACUUUAUCGCCAGACACCGCUACGCGUCAGAAUGCGACGCAGCAGCUGGAGACCGCUUUCCGGGAUAGCUACCCGGAUUACAUGUUCAUGCUCUCCACUGUUCUCGUGGACGAGAGCAUUCCCCUUCACGUGCGCAACGCUGCCGGUCUCGCGCUGAAAAAUGCGCUCAGCGCAAGGGAAGCCCCGCGUCAAGAGGAAUUCUCCGCGAAAUGGAUGGCCCUCAGCAUCGAUCAGCGCACCAAGAUCAAGCAGGACGCGCUCCUCACCCUCGCCUCGCCACAACAAAAGGCCGGCGCGUUCGCUGCCCAGGUCGUGUCCGCGAUCGCCGCCGUCGAGCUCCCGCAGGGCCAGUGGGCGGACCUCAUCGAAGUUCUCUUGGGCUUUGUCAACAACCAGGCGAACACGAAUCUCAAGAUCGCGACCUUGCAGGCGAUCGGCUUCAUCUGCGAGUCAAUAAAACCCGAAAUCUUGAGCCUGCGCGCGAAUGAGAUCCUCACCGCUGUUAUCCACGGUGCGCGCAAGGAGGAGCCGUCUCCAGAGGUCCAGCUCGCCGCCAUCCACGCCCUGUUCAAUUCGCUCGAGUUCGUCCGCGACAACUUUGAGCGUGAGGGCGAGCGCAACUACAUCAUGCAGGUCGUGUGCGAGGCGACGCAGAACCAGUCCGUGCCCGUGCAGGUCGGGGCCUUCGAGUGCCUUGUCCGCAUCAUGAGCUUGUAUUACGAGAAAAUGAGCUUGUACAUGGAACAGGCCUUGUUUGGCUUGACCGUUGUGGGCAUGAAGCAUCCCGACGAGCGCGUCGCGCUGCAGGCCGUAGAAUUCUGGUCCACCGUCUGCGAGGAGGAGAUGGAGUUGGCUCUCGAGGCACAGGAGGCCGCGGAGUGGGGCGAGCAGCCCGAGAUUGAGUCCCGCCAUUUCGCCAAGAUCGCGCUUCCGGAAAUCGUGCCCGUCCUUCUGCUCCUGCUCACCAAGCAGGAGGAGGACGCGGAUGAGGACGAGUGGAACAUCUCUAUGGCCGCGGGUACGUGCCUGACUCUCCUCGCUGGUGCCGUCCAGGACCACAUCGUCGGCGCCGUGAUCCCCUUCAUCGAGGGCAACAUCAAGGCGGACGACUGGCACCGCCGCGAGGCCGCCGUCAUGGCAUUCGGCUCCAUCCUCGACGGGCCCGACCCGACGAACUUGACGCCGCUGGUGAACCAGGCGCUCCCGCUGCUCAUCGACAUGAUGGCGGACAGCAACCCGCACGUGAAGGACACGACGGCGUGGACGCUCGGGCGGAUAUGCGACCUGCUGAUUGUGACGAUCAAGCCGGAGGUGCACCUGCACCCGCUGGUGAGCGCGUUGGUGGCAGGCUUGCAGGACAACCCGAGGAUCAUCGCGAACUGCUGCUGGGCAUUGAUGAACCUUGCGGACCAGUUCGGGUACUACGUCGAGGAGGAGGAGGACCCGAAGACGGGCCCGCUUUCGCCGUACGUCGAUGGUAUUGUCCAGGCUCUGUUGAGGGUGACGGAGAGCGCAGGAAACGAGGCCAACUUCAGGACGUCGGCGUACGAGGCGAUCACAUCUUAUGUGACGCACGCGACGCAGGAUGUUAUUCCCGUCGUCCAGAACACCGUGCUUACCAUUCUUCAACGGAUGGAGCACCUGUUGAGCAUUCACAACCAAAUCGUCGGCGUGGACGAUCGCAACAACUGGAACGAGCUGCAGAGCAACUUCUGCAGCGUCAUCAUUGCUGUCAUCCGCAAGCUUGGCCAGGGCAUUCAACCGCUCGCCGACCGUAUCAUGACGCUCAUCUUGCAGCUCAUUCAGGCCGCAGGCAAGACGUCGACCAUGUUGGAGGAUGCUUUCCUCGUCGUCGGCACGCUCGCCGCCGCCUUGGAGGCCGGCUUUGCGCCGUACAUCCCUGCUUUCCUCCCGUCGCUCUACCCUGCCCUCAAGGCACACGAGGACACCCAGCUCUGCACGGUCGCCGUCGGCAUCAUCGGCGACAUUUCUCGUGCGCUCGGCGAGUCGUCUGCGCAGUACGCUGCGGACUUCAUGACCGUGUUGCUCGAGAAUUUGCGGAGCGACGUCCUCAACCGGAAUGUCAAGAUCACGAUCCUGUCGUGCUUUGGCGACAUCGCACUCGCGAUCGGGCCCGCGUUUGAGCCGUACUUGCAGACAACGAUGGAUGUCCUGGGCCAGGCGAGCCAGCUGAACCCGAACCCGUUGGACUACGACUCGAUCGAUUACAUCGGCGAGCUGCGCAAGGGGAUCCUUGAGGCGUACACGGGUGUUGUCACUGGGCUGAAGAACACGGAGAAGGCGCCCUUGCUCCUCAACUACGCCCAGCGCAUACUCGAGCUGAUUCAUAAGUGCCUGUCCGACGAAGAGAAGGACGACACGACGAUGAAGCUGUGCUACGGCUUGAUUGGCGACUUGGCGGACGCGUUCCCCGCCGGGCAGCUCAAGCAGGUGUUCUUGACGCCAUGGCUUGCAUCCGAGAUGCGCUCGAAGCACCGGAUGAGCAGCGAGACGAAGAAGACCCUGCGGUGGGCAAGAGACCGCGUCAAGAACGCCACGCAAUAGACGUGUCAUAUCGGUGCCGCGCGUUGUAUUUUUUGUUGUUUAAUUACCUCUACUCCUGUUGCGCUUUUCUACUACUAUCUCCCCGAGUCUGCAUGCAAUCUACUUUACUGUUAUAGCCAUCUCAAGGAAGGCCUCAUCCCACCAUCUCUCUCCGCUCGUCGUGUCUUAUUCCAUCCGUGCCCAACUGAUUGCAUCCUUAUCCAUCCCGCCUCCGAUCCACAUCGAAUCAUCGAUCGACUCACCCUCACAUGUUGCAUGUAGUGUAUUGAAUAGACGUCGCAGACUCUUUCUCUUUCUGUCGUCCCUCCAGAUUUGGUUACGUCGCUGCUUUUGUUGCCUGAUCCACCACUGUAUCCCGUACACUCUUCUCUUUCUUCCCUUCGUGUUUUAUCUGAUGUGUUUGCGCAUUCGCAUAGUCAGAUAUGGCAGAACCGUCCUCUCCAGAGCCGUACUGAUGCGUGCUGACGAGCGCACAC